AUGUCCAGUACUGCUUUAACUGCGAUUUCUGUGGCCGUAGGAGUAUUUUUCGUAUUCUUUGGGACGUUAAAGCUUGGUCCAUUAUUUUCUGAUGAGCUUUAUCGCAGUGUGAGAAAAAACUUCAUUAGGAUGUUCAAGACGUUUCCGUUUAGUUCGUUUACUGGUUGGAAUCCGAAUCCUCAUGUAAUUAGACGAGUUUAUGGAACGACUGAAGUUGUCGGUGGUAUUGUACUUGCAGCUUGUUCUGGGACUGCACAGGAUGUUAGCAAUGUUAUACUGCUUAGUCUUAUGCUAUUCCAUCUCUUUAGUAUAUGGCGCGUAGCAGAUGGACUAAAAGAAGCUUCCAAUCUCAUUGUUUUAUGUUUGAUGCUAACAUGCAGGUUUAUUAUACGGAUUCAACUUAUUCAAAAGAAUGAAGAGGUGACGGAAAAUAAUGAAUAUCUUAAGAAUGAUAUAAGAAGACGUAUUGUUCUCCUACAGGAGGAAUUGCAGAAAAUGAACACUUUUAAUAAUAAUAAUAAUAAUAAUAAUAAUAAUAAUAAUAAUAAUGAUAAUAAUAAUAAUAAUAGCAGCAACACUAAUAAAACAGAAAACGACACACACAAAGUAGAAUGAAGUUUAUAUAUUCCAGUUGAAUAAAUCAUGACUUUUUCUCAUUGUAAAGGAUAAUGUCAAUGCAUUUAUUUUGUUGUCCUUUCAUCAAUGUUUUAUUUGUAAUUUAAUUUAAUGCUUCGAUUGUUUUUCUAUGUUAGCCAUAUAUAUAAUCUGAAUGAACUUACAUUUUCAAUAAGCUGAAUACGUACUCUGUCAAGCAAACACGCGAACGUUUGUAUAAACUUCAUUUUACGGGAAUUUACUCCUCUUUCCUAUUCGUAACGAUACAGCUGCCCCAUCUCCGUUUCCGUUAUUACAAAUAUUUCUUGAACUCAAAAAUAUGAGACUGGCUUCGUCUUCUAACGUUAUUCUAGAAUUAUAUGCACAAAUGGUCCAUCUAAAUUGAGUUCAUCACUAAUCAGUCGACUGCUGUAAAACAAAAGAGACUCCACAUGUUUGAUGUUUCGAAAAACAAAGCUAACCAGUCACCCUGAUCGUGUACCAUCCAUUACUGAAGCUUGAAUCAUUUAAAAUGAGCUGCUACCUGCGAUGCGUUAAAUUUAUAAACCAAAACAAAAGCCACUCAGGUGGAUCGUAUAGUAUUGCGGCUCGAAGAACAGAUUAUGGUGAUCACCUGCUGCAGCUAUGCUCAGAUAACCGUUUCUCUCUAGCAAGCACUAACUUUAAGCAUAAGGAAAACAUUAUCUGACAUGGUGACCUCGAAAUCGACUCAAUGAUGGGCCCAAAUAGGUCACAUUGCAUCAGCCAUCAAUGGAAAAGCUCGAAAAAAGACUCGCUCAUUCUGGAGCCUAUGUUUAGACUCGGAUCAUGGUUUGGUUCUAGCACGUAUUUGUCUGCGUCUUACUGAACGCGAAAAAACCACAGUAAGAAAACCACUUCAAGUUCAGCUUGAUGAAAAGUCAAGAAUAUAUACCAGGAACAACUAGAGAGGCAAUUAGUCAACUAUAUAAGUGAUGUCCACCCCGAGGUAGUUUGACAUAGCACUAUUUAGAGGUUGGCUGAUAAAAAUGGAAGUUGUCAUUGAUUCAGUGUCAGUGUUACUUUGGUUUAUAAGAUAAAGCUACGUUUAACUGAAAGAUCCAAGUAUCAAUUGGGCCGUCAGUUUUAUUUAAAUUGAUUUAAAUACCAAAAUAUUUAAAAUGUAUAAAGCUAUUUAUUCUGUAAGAACGUGAAGGAAUUCAUUCAGAAUCUACACUGAAACGGUUGUUUGAUACAUUCUACUUCUCAGUAGUUCGUCUUUGUUAUAGCCCAAAGCCGCCAAU